AAAAAAUCUUUAAAUAUGUUAUUUGCACAAAAUAAACACAAAUGAUGUUCCAUGUAAAAUAAGUUAUCAGUGGUAUUGAUUUGCAAAUGAGAAUACAUUACUAUCGACAAAUAUAUGCAUUAAUUUGCAAUAAAAAACUUUUUGCUUAAAAAUAUGCGCCCUUAGCAAGUUGAAUAACAUACACGAUGGACCCCUCUCCCAUUCAGAGGUCUACUGAACAUGGGGUGGUGAAAGGCGUUUUAAUAUGUGAUCACAGGUGUCCCUCUCCAAUAUGGCGGCUUCAUUUUAGACUGCGUAAACAGAGUUACUAAGAUACUGUAGACAGAUUUAAAAUAUUUUAUAUGGGUUCAGUCACAACAAAAGGCAAGUGCAGGUUUUAAAAGUCCCUGUUAGACACGGGAAGCUUGAGCUUGAUGCUAGAACAGCAGGGAAAGGACGCUGCUUACAGUAAAAACUAAAGUCUCCAUUUGUCCGGGCGCACUCUCUUCUUCAUGUUCUGUCAGGAAUGUUCAUGUGUGUGUUGUAUUGAUAACAAGGGUGUGUAUCUGUGUGUGACAUGUGAGAGAUCGAUAAUAUGGAGUAAACCAGCGCCGAGAAUGGAAACACCAUAAAGGACGAGGAGUUGUCAUGGCUGACCCAGACCUUUCAGCACAGAGUGGGGGCUACGACGUGGAGCUGUUUGUAGACCCUCCGGACUACGAUUUGAUCUGCACCAUUUGUCAGGGGGUCCUCAAAUGUCCAGUAAGAAGUGCAUGCCACCAUAUCUUCUGCAAGAAAUGCAUCUUACAGUGGCUGAAAAGACAGGAGACCUGCCCCUGCUGCAGGAAGCCGGUAAACCCAAGCCUGAUCUUUGUCAUGUUCAAGCUGAGCAAAUCGAUUGGACGCUUGAAAAUAAAGUGUAAAAAUGAGAUCCGUGGCUGUGCAGAGACCUUUUCCCUCUCAGAGCAGUACUGUCACAGCAUGACCUGCCUGUACGAGCUCAUCCCCUGCCCGUACCAGGGCUGCAGGGCACAGCUCCUACGCAGGGACAUUGACACCCAUGCGCGCCACUGUGAGCACUGGCGGCAGCCCUGCCACAUGGGCUGUGGGACAAUACUCACUCACAGCACCCAGACUCAGCACAACUGCUACAAACAGCUGAGGCAGGAGUAUGAGGCCAGGCAGAGGAACCACAGGGCCAUCGCCACGGCCCUACAUAGGAAGAUGAAAAGGAUGCAAAGCACCAUGGCCCACAUGAAGAGGCAAAUAGGGUUAAUAUGUGAGAGCCUGGAAGUAAUGGAUGACCUACACGAGGUGGAGGAGGAAGUGGACCUUGGAGAGAGCAGUGGCAGUUCCAGUGGGACUUCAAGCAACAGCAACUGUUAAGGGAGCAAAUUGCUCAUGUGUUUGUUUUCUUCAGGUGAUGUGCUUAAAAUGAGUGAUUCCUUGGCCCGUUUGUUCUGUAGUCCUAAUUAUUUCUUAAAUAAAUUAUUCAGUAUUAAAUUGUCUGCGCAUUUUGCCUUAGGAAGAGAAUGAAUCAAUUUGUUGUUGAUUCAUAAUU